AUGGAUAUUAAAGUCACCGCAGAUAAUGAAAUUGUCAUAUUUGACCACAAGCCCAGACACAAAAUCAGCAAAGUCAGAGAUGAAGUCCUUAUUGAAUUUGGGGGGGCGGUAGACCACUGCACACAGAAGAGGUGGAGACAGGUUGAGUUCAAAAAGUUGCAGUUCAAAGCUAUCAAAGCCGUUGUGAAGGAUCUGGCGACAGUGAAAGGACGUCUUGAAGAUGGAGAUAAUGUGACAGAACAUGAUGGGAGCUGCAGCUAUCAAGCCAUUUUAGACUAUCUCAACUUGACAACAAACAAAGAACUGUUUACCAUGAGUCGGCCUGUCAAACACUUUAAAAAGGUUACAAAGGUACACUUUGCAAUGCUGAUUUCCUCCAUACUUGAUGUGAUUCAUGUGAAGAGGAGGUCAGUCCUCUACAUCGCUAACUUCUUGGUGCCUGUCCUCUUCUUCUUCUGUCUGGACUUGAGCUCUUUCCUGAUAUCAGACAGUGGGGGAGAGAAGCUCAGCUUCAAGGUCACUGUGAUGCUCGCUGUCACAGUCAUGCAACUCAUUCUCAAUGAGAUUCUGCCUUCCUCAUCGGACAGGAUCCCCCUGAUUGCGCUCUUCUGCAUUGGGAUUUUUGGAUUGAUGAUGUUGAGUCUCCUGGAGACAAUCUUUGUGAUGUAUUUAAUGGAGAAAGAUGCUGCAUCCCAAAACAAUGAGACAAACAGUGACUUAAGCCUGAACAGGAGCAAACAAAGUUGUUUUAAGGUGAAGAAAUGUGGAAACUGUGCAUCUAUCAGUGAUGUUUCUACUAAUCAAACACCAAACACCAAAGAGGACAGCAGCAGCCAGCUGAUGGAGGUGUCCUUCACUUUGGAAAAAGUCUCAGAGGAGCUGCAGCAGAUUGAAAACACA